AUGCAUACCGACCGAGUCCAUCGACGCAGGCAAUUUUCCAGCUGCGAUGCGUGUCGUAAAUCUCGUGUUGCCUGUGAUGCGUUGCGAAGACGCCCUGCGACCGAAGAGUCGAGUGUCGCCACUUGUAGCCGCUGUGCGGCUCGGAACCGACACUGCAGCUUCGAGUGGAUGAAAAAAGUCGUUGCCAGAGCUGAUGGGUCCAGUCCUGCAUCGGAUCGCUGGAAUCCCCUUCUCUCCCCGCCGCCGUCUUAUGGCAGGAGCCAGGAGGAAGGAUUCAAUCUGUCGCCGCAUUUCAACGAUCCUGGGGGAGACUCACCUCGAACUGGGGUGGAUGAUAGUCCAGUACACCGCGACCAUGGGACCCCUACACCCUCUGCCCGUUCCUCGCUGGUCAGUCUGGAAGUCUCGAACUGGCUUCGAUCAAUGUAUGAAGAUGUCUUCGAGCAGGUCUUUGGGUCCUGGCUAGGCAAUUAUAGCUGUCCUUUCUCAUUCGGGGAGAAUGGUCACUUGGAAGGCGGCGCAAGCGAUCAUCCAGGAUUUUCUCUAUCGGUCAGCAUUUCAUCACUGUGCAGGCAAUUCGACCAGUUGAUGAAGGACCUGGAAAAGCAAGGGCCGACGGGUGCGAGGACUCACCCUCCGACGCAAGCCGAAUUAGUGAAGGAAUGGCAGAUUGAAACCACACUGAACCAAGCAAUUCAGACCUUUUCCGCCCGAUGGCUUCCCCUGACCUAUCACUUGAAUGAGCAGAAGCUGGCACAAACUCCAUUGAUUCAAUCCCUUUGGAGGGAACUAAGACAGAACCUUCUCAAAUCCAUGAAUCGACCCUGUUAUCGAUCCAUGCUAAGCUUAUACCUUUUCGCCAUGGUCCCGGUACCGGUCGGAAUACCCGAAGACGAGGAGGAAAGUGGUGUACCUGCUCAAGUAUGCGUUCAAGCUGCUUUACAACAAGUGCAGUACCUUCGCGCCCGCCAAAGGAGUCUCGAAUUCAACGGCUCGAAGGUCUCCCUUUUAUCAGAUCAAGCGGCACCCAUCUCCACACCGGAACAAAUUCGAUCUGAGUUCAUGCACAUUGAGAGUAUGAUAUACUGGGCAGCCAUGACGUUUGAUACUUCAUCUGCCUUGACUUUCAACACCAAAUCCGUUCUUUCUUCGGGCCUUUUGGGUUGGGAAGCGGAGUCCUCGUGGCGGAUGGUCCAGACGUGCACGAACAUAUUCCACGAACAGUCUGAGAGAUGGCGUACUCAUGGAGUACUAGUCACUGAAGAAACGGCAAAUCAAAUCAUUGGCGCAGCCCAUGCAUGGAAACUGCGCGUGUGGAAAAUGGGUACUAUUCUGAAGGAAGCUCUUCGUGAAGGUCAUGGAGAAGAUGCCGUAUACCACGCACAUACCUCUGCCGCAGAGGCAAUCAGACAGUUCAAUGUCACUUAUCGCCCGUUGCUGGCGGCGUGCGAACGACGACUUCAAUUUUUAUCGCAACACACAAAGCUUCGCUGGUACGAGCUUAUGGUGCAUCACCACUUAAGUAUUCUAAUUAUGAUUGAUGCCAUCGAGAUCGCAUCAAGGGAAGAUAUUCUCGAGAAAAUGAGCGUCACAAAGUCAGAUGCACAGGGCAGUCUCCUCAACUGCCUACAGUUUGGCCUCAGCAAUCAUUUCACAAUUCCCACGCGCCAGGGCCCAGACAGCACUUCUGGCUCUUUCCCACUAGUGGCCAUCGACCCUUAUCCCCACCAUCUUCUUGCGGGUGUGCAGCUACUGUGGAAAGGAAUUGAGCGAGAUUUUGACGAUGGUCAGAUGGAUCAGACGACUUGUGAGAAUUUGCAGUCGAUUCUUCUUCAAACACUUGAAUUACUUCCACAGACGUCCAAGUCGGUUCGGAAAGGCACUGAGCAGGCUCAGUUUGCUUUCCUACGACAAGAACGGUGA